AACGCAAAUUUGGGUCAUUUUCUUUAGCAGUAUUUUUUCCCACGUCUCUCUCUCUAUAUUCCUUUCUUUUCCUUUACCUUUCUUCCCCAUUUUUUCUCCCAUCUUUCUCUCCAACCAGUCCCAAUUUCCAAAAAAAAAGAUCAAAUCCAAAAAGAAAGAGGGAGGGAAAGAAAAUUUUUUGGGGAUUUAAUCGAUAGUUAUUCAUGUAAAUACUAUAGUAAAACCAAAAUUUUGUGAAUAAUAACCAAUUGGGUUUGUCAUGGCUUCAGUUUUUUCUUCCUCUUUCGGUUUAAUUUUUCAAUUAGGUUUUGUUGUUCUUCUUUUUUGCUCGUCAAUUGCUGAAGCUGAUGAUAUCUCACGCCCAUCCCCCAACGCCUUGAAUUCUAGCUCCUGCAACAACCCUUAUCGGUUGGUUAAGGUCAAAUCAUGGGUCAAUGGUGAUGAAGACGAAACAUUAAGUGGGAUAAGUGCUUCAUUUGGUUCUUUGUUGCCUACUGAAGCUGAAAAAGGCUCCAAAUUGCCUGCUGUGGUUUCUAAUCCAUUGAGUGGCUGUACUAGUUCCACUUCCAAGUUGUCAGGCUCCAUUGUGCUCGCCUUUCGUGGUGAUUGUGAUUUUACAACCAAGGCUGAAGUUGCACAAGCACAAGGUGCUGCCGGACUUUUGAUAAUAAAUGAUGCAGAAGAUCUCAUAGAGAUGGGAUGUUCUGAAAAAGAUACUAACUUAAACAUUACAAUCCCUGUUGUAAUGAUUUCAAAGUCAGGAGGAGAGGUUUUAAAAAAAUCUAUGUCUGGUGGACAUAGUGUGGAAAUUUUGUUAUAUUCACCAAAUCGCCCAAUUGUCGACUUUUCUGUGGUAUUCUUAUGGUUGAUGGCUGUUGGAACACUUGUUUGCGCAUCACUUUGGUCAGAGUUUACAGCAUCUGAGCAAACUGAUGAACGCUAUAAUGAAUUGUCACCUAAGGAAUCAUCAAAUGCUGCCAAGGAAGAAACAGAGAAGGAGAUUAUCAGCAUUAAUAUUAAGAGUGCUAUUAUUUUUGUCAUAUCAGCGUCCACAUUUCUGGUGCUGCUUUACUUAUUUAUGUCAACUUGGUUUGUCUGGGUGCUGAUCGUACUUUUCUGUCUUGGUGCGGUUGAGGGAAUGCAUUCUUGUAUAGUAUCUCUUGUUCUGAGCAAAUGCAAAAAUUGUGGAAGGAAAAUUGUUAAUUUGCCACUUCUAGGAGAGGUCUCCAUUCUCUCUCUGGUAGUGUUGCUAUUUUGCUUGGCUUUUGCCAUUUUCUGGGCUGCAAAUCGUAAGGCAUCAUACUCCUGGAUAGGCCAGGAUAUUCUUGGCAUCUGUUUGAUGAUAACUGUCUUGCAGUUGGCACAAUUACCUAAUAUAAAGGUUGCUACUGUGCUUCUAUGUUGCGCUUUUCUUUAUGACAUCUUCUGGGUGUUCCUGUCACCUUACAUUUUCCAUGACAGCGUUAUGAUAGCGGUUGCUCAAGGUGACAAGGCUGGCGGAGAAUCAAUCCCGAUGCUCUUGAGAAUUCCUCGAUUUUUUGAUCCUUGGGGUGGUUAUAACAUGAUUGGCUUUGGGGACAUACUCUUCCCCGGUUUGCUUGUUUCCUUUGCACAUAGAUUUGAUAAAGCCAAAAAGAAGACUGGUCGACAUGGAUACUUCCUUUGGUUGGCCAUUGGCUAUGCAUGUGGCUUGUUCUUUACUUACUUAGGCUUGUAUCUAAUGGAUGGACAUGGUCAACCUGCUCUCCUGUACCUUGUUCCUUGCACAUUAGGACUUUGUGUUAUAUUGGGUUUGGUGAGAGGUGAGUUGAGAGAACUUUGGAGCUAUGAUGGCGAUUCAACGAGCACUGAUUCAACUCAACCACCGUUACCUUCUGGAGAAGCUUGAUCUUCAAUACGCAUGCUGUUUGAGCCCUUCGAAUGUUGCUCAGCAAAAGGUCACCUGCCAUUUAUCUAGAAGUAUGUGUUGUACCUUGGUCUCUUGGUUCUCUGUCAAAAGCAAGCAACUAAAAUUGUAAUUGUCAAGAUAUACAUAGGUUUCCACUUUCUUUCUUUCUUUAGAGACCAUUGGAGAUUUGUUUCAGCAUGAGCAAGGAUUCAGGACAUGCACACCUAUUCUUCAGCUAAUUGCUAAAGAGAGAAACAAUUGAACUUUGCUCUGCUCCCUCUUCUUGGACUAAUAACUAAUCUGUUAAUCUAUGACUGAUUUGU